UGUGCCUCAUUUAUUUUUAAAAGAAACUUCUGAGAAGAGCUUAGAACAAUUUUUUCCCCUGAGUGCCAUUUCCCAAGGGUACUCACAGAAACAAUAAGGUGUGACUGUAAUGGCUGCACUGAGUUGUCUUUUGGAUAGUGUUAGAAGGGACAUAAAGAAGGUGGACCGAGAGCUGAGGCAAUUGAGGUGCAUCGACGAGUUCAGCACACGAUGCCUGUGUGACCUGUACAUGCACCCCUACUGCUGCUGUGACCUGCAUCCCUACCCAUACUGCCUGUGCUACUCCAAGCGAUGCUCCCGCUCCUGUGGCCUGUGCGACCUGUAUCCCUGCUGCCUGUGUGAUGUCAAGCUUUACUGUCUCCGACCAUCUCUCAGAAGUUUGGAGAGGAAAGCCAUUAGAGCCAUAGAGGAUGAAAAGAGAGAGCUUGCCAAACUGAGAAGAACAACAAAUAGAAUCCUGGCCUCUUCUUGCUGUAGCAGUAACAUUUUAGGAUCGGUGAACGUGUGUGGCUUUGAACCUGAUCAAGUCAAAGUUCGAGUGAAGGACGGAAAGGUGUGUGUGUCAGCUGAGCGGGAGAACCGGUACGACUGCCUUGGAUCGAAAAAGUACAGCUACAUGAACAUCUGCAAAGAGUUCAGCCUGCCACCGUGUGUGGACGAGAAGGACGUAACAUACUCCUACGGGCUCGGCAGUUGUGUCAAGAUCGAAUCUCCAUGCUACCCGUGUGCUUCUCCCUGCAACCCCUGCAACCCCUGCAACCCCUGCAAUCCCUGCAAUCCCUGCAAUCCCUGCAGCCCCUGCAGCCCCUGCAGCCCACUGUGUGACCCUUGCAACCCAUGUUAUCCGUGCGGAAGCCGAUUCUCCUGUAGGAAGAUGAUUUUGUAAAGUGUAGGAAACCAUAACUUAGGAUUUAGCUACUCCAGCCAGGCAGCUCUUCCAGUGUUUCUUGUCCGCUGUCAUGUCCCGUGUAAUUUAAGUACAUAGGAGACUGAAUACAUAAGUGCAAUC